CAGUAUUUCCCAAAUUUUCUUCUGAAUUAUUUUUUUUCAAGUGUUUAAAAAUACCAAAAAUACAGAGAUCUUAAGCAGAAAGGACAGGAGAUACAUUUGUUUACCGUACUUUGUGUCCGAAAUCACGCAUACGCAUAUAUAAAUUUAUAUAUAUAUAUAUAUAUAUUUAAUCUUCCAAUAGGAUAAAUAUUUUAUCCAGUUAUCGUCCUUUAUCGUCUUCCUUCAAUUAAAUUUGUAAAAAUAGAUAAAAACCUUAUCCUUUCUCUCUCUUUCCUUCCGCCAUGGCGAUUUCUACUAUUCUCUGAGUCUGUGAUUAGAAAGAAAAAAAAAACGGAAGUGAAGAUUCUUAGAACCGUAAUUUUCCGACCAAAUCGGUAAGAGAUUCUUGAUUUGUAUCUUUGUGAUCUGGAAGAUACGGUGAUGGAGAUGAUGUCAGGAGGACCUUCGUUCUCAAUCGAGGUCUCGGAAUACGGUAACGAUCCGCCGGCGACGGAGAAGGCGUCCUCCUCCUCCUUCUCUUCCGGUGACACGGUGAACGAGGAUGAAGCCGGUUUGAGUCGUCUCGGGAGUGGAAUCUGGUCAGGAAGAACGGCGGAUUACUCGUCGGAAAGUUCAUCAUCGAUCGGAAGUCCGGGAGACAGCGAGGAGGAAGACGAAGAAAGUGAAGAAGAAAACGACGAAGAGCUAGGCCUUCGAGGGUUGUCUUCAAUGAGCUCUCUCGAAGAUUCUCUCAUCAGCAAAGGUUUGUCGAAUCAUUACAAAGGGAAAUCAAAAUCGUUUGGGAAUUUAGGAGAGAUCGGGAGUGUGAAAGAAGUACCAAAGCAAGAGAAUCCAUUGAAUAAACGAAGAAGGUUACAGAUCUGCAACAAAUUAGCAAGAAGGUCGUUUUACUCGUGGCAAAACCCUAAAUCUAUGCCUCUUUUCCCGGUCAACGAAGACCAAGAUGAGGAUGAAGACAAUGAUGAUGAUCUUGAUGAAGAGCGAGGAGGAAGUAGUUUUGCAAGGAAGCCUUCGUUCAAGAACAGAGCAUUGAAGUCUAGGAGUUGUUUUGCUCUAUCAGAUCUACAGGAAGAAGAAGAAGAUGAUGAUGAAGAUCAAUAAUGCAAAUCGUUAUCUUUUCUUUGUUGAUAGUUAUUUUUCUUUGUUCUAUCUAAUUUAUUUUUCGUCGCGCGAAUUAAUGUUUCUUUAUUUAAUUCGGGGAGUUAAUUAUAUAGUAUUAUGUCGACGGGAGAAAAGUAAUCAACCACGUUAGUGUUUGAUUCUUUAAUUGCUUAUCUGUUUGUUGUCCUUUCAGUCUCCACAUUAUCGAUU